AUGCAUCUUCUUCUUCUCUGUUAAAUAUCCCACCGUCACCAUUAGAUCGCAUUGUGUUAUCUCCUCGAGAGAGAGAGAGAGAGAGAGAGAGAAAGCUUUACUGUAAACGAAGGGUUUGAUUUUUUUAUUUUUAUUUUUCUGAUCUGAUCUUCGAGAGAUAGAGAGAGUAAUCAUGGCGAGCGGAGCUAAUAGAGUGGAUCUAGAUGGAAGACCGAUAAAACCGAUGACGAUAUGCAUGAUCGGAGCCGGAGGUUUCAUCGGUUCACAUCUCUGUGAGAAGCUGAUGACGGAGACACCGCAUAAGGUGCUUGCGCUCGAUGUUUACAACGAUAAGAUCAAACACUUGCUUGAGCCUGAUUCCGUUGAAUGGAGUGGUCGGAUCCAGUUUCAUCGUAUCAAUAUUAAGCAUGAUUCCAGGCUUGAAGGACUUAUUAAGAUGGCGGAUCUGACUAUAAAUCUUGCUGCGAUCUGUACUCCAGCUGAUUACAAUACGCGUCCUCUUGAUACUAUCUACAGCAAUUUCAUUGAUGCGCUCCCAGUGGUUAAGUACUGCUCUGAGAACAACAAGCGUCUCAUUCACUUUUCCACCUGUGAAGUAUAUGGAAAAACCAUAGGAAGCUUUCUUCCGAAGGAUCAUCCCCUGCGUGACGAUCCUUCUUUCUAUGUUCUUAAAGAAGAUAUUUCCCCUUGCAUAUUUGGUUCAAUUGAGAAGCAGAGGUGGUCAUAUGCGUGUGCAAAGCAACUGAUUGAGAGACUCGUUUAUGCUGAGGGUGCUGAGAAUGGACUUGAGUUCACCAUUGUAAGACCUUUUAACUGGAUUGGACCUAGGAUGGAUUUCAUCCCCGGCAUUGAUGGUCCUAGCGAAGGUGUCCCACGUGUCCUCGCCUGCUUUAGUAAUAAUCUUCUACGCCGUGAGCCUCUCAAGCUUGUGGAUGGUGGAGAAUCACAGAGAACUUUCAUCUACAUCAAGGAUGCUAUCGAAGCCGUCCUUUUGAUGAUUGAAAACCCAGAGAGGGCAAAUGGGCAUAUCUUCAAUGUUGGCAAUCCAAACAACGAAGUUACAGUACGACAGCUAGCUGAAAUGAUGACUGAGGUUUACGCGAAAGUGAGUGGAGAGGGAGCCAUAGAGAGCCCAACAGUUGAUGUUAGUUCCAAAGAGUUUUACGGGGAAGGUUAUGACGACAGUGACAAGAGAAUCCCAGACAUGACCAUCAUUAACCGCCAACUCGGAUGGGACCCGAAGACAUCUCUGUGGGACUUGCUGGAGUCGACUUUAACAUAUCAGCACAGGACCUACGCUGAAGCUGUAAAGAAGGCAACAUCCAAACCUGUGGCUUCGUAAAAUUUCCAAGACCUCAAUUGUCAGCAAAACUCGUUAAACACGCAUCGUUUUGGCAUUUUACUCUAUUCGAUUCUAUUUUUUGUUUUUCAUCCCAGAGAAAACCUUUUUUCUUGUUAAGAAAACAGUAUAAUCACGGUGGUUCAUUCCAAGUAUAUGUUUUAUAUUUUUCCUUACAAGUUUUCCUCUUUUUGGUUUGGUUUGUUACUCUGUUUGCACAAUGUCAAUGUAUGUUGCAGCUGCCAGAAAGCAAAAGGUUAAUCGUUUGUAGUGAAUGAUAUAUAGACAGAAGUGUUUUCUUUUACAAGAAUGUUUAUG